AUGAGAGCUGUUUUACUUCUGUUCAGGUUUCUAAGCACUAUGGUAGCCAUAACUAUUAGUAUUGGUUUGUGCAAUGGGAAUCUGGGAGUGCCUUGCAAAGAAAGUGAACGACAAGCACUUCUGAUAUUCCAGAAGGAUCUUGAGGAUCCUUCAAAUCGGCUUUCGUCGUGGGUAGGUGAAGGAGUUUGUUGCAAUUGGACUGGAGUUGUCUGUGAUGACUUAACCGGUCACGUCCGCGAGCUCCACCUUAAUAAACCCGACUCUCAACAGGAUCUCCACUUAUCUUUUGGGGAUUUCUAUGUCACUUCUACUUGGUUGGGUGGUAAGAUAAAUCCUUCUUUGCUCAGUUUGAAGUAUCUCAACUACUUAGACUUAAGUUACAAUAAUUUUCAAGGUAUUCAGAUUCCUAGCUUCUUUGGUUCACUUAAAAGUUUAAGAUAUCUUAACCUAUCUGAGGCAAGCUUCCAAGGUAUAAUUCCUCCUCAGUUGGGAAAUCUCUCAAAUUUACAGUAUCUUGGUCUCCGCGGUUACAAGCUUAAGGUUGAGAAUCUUCAAUGGGUUUCUGGUCUUUCUCAUUUGAAAAAACUUGACAUGAGUCGUGCUAAUCUUAGUAAAGCAUCCGACUGGUUACAAGUUCCAAACAUGCUCCCCUCUUUGGUAGAGUUACAUAUGGCCGGUUGUCAACUUGAUCACAUUCCCCCUCUACCCCUCAUAAAUUUUACUUCACUUGCCAUCCUUGAUCUUUCUGAAAACACAUUUGAUUCUUUGAUGCCCAGGUGGGUUUUCAGUCUUAGAAAUCUAGUUUCCCUUUCUGUCAAAGGUUGUGGUUUCCAAGGUUCAUUUUCUAGCCAUCCACAAAAUAUCUCCUCUCUCAAGGAACUUGAUCUUUCAUUGCACAAUCUGUGUGAGUUGAUGGAUCUUGAUCUGUCAUUCAACAAUUUCAAUGGCAAUGUAUCAGAAAUCUUUGACAGUUUGUCUGUGUGUGGUCCAGACAAAUUAAAGUCCUUGUCGUUAGGGUCUAAUAAUUUUUCAGGUCAUUUUGCAGAGCAUGUAGGAAAUUUUAAAAAUUUAAGCCACCUUGAUCUUUCUGCUAAUUCUAUAUCAGGUCCAAUUCCUGUGUCCUUGGGGAAUCUGUCCGUGUUAACAGAAUUGCUGAUUUAUGACAAUCAGUUUAAUGAAACUCUCCCAGAAAGUAUUGGUCAACUCAAAAUGCUUACUGUUUUGGAUAUAUCUUAUAAUUCAUUAGAAGGAGUAGUGUCUGAAGUUCAUUUUACUUACCUUACAAAAUUGAAGGAUUUCGUUGGAAAAGGAAACUCAUUGGCUCUGAAUACUAGUCGAGGUUGGCUUCCUCCUUUUCAACUCAGUCGCUUAUGGUUGGAUUAUUGGCAUCUAGGACGUGAAUUUCCUAUGUGGCUUUAG